CAACCUUUAUCAGCACCAAAAACCGCAAAAUCUCCAUGGCGCCACGGAAAAAAACAACGAAAGCAACGAGGGCAACGCCGGCACGGCCUGCUGCAGACGCCCGCGAGGAAACGCCAUCGCCCGAACCAAACCAAGCCAACCCUAUACCGGAAUUCCGACAGUUAACCGCCGCGGAGAUAGCGUCGGCGAUGGGCAGCGAAACGGAUAGUGAUCUCAGCGAGGACGACCCAACGUACACCACCCAGUCGAAACCGAACUUCUCCUUCCUGCCCUCGCACAGGCACUCCAGCCCACGGCGGUCGGCAUCCGGAAACCGUUCUGGAAGCAGCGAUCCAGCUUCGCGAUCUCCCGCCACCGUAGUCCAUCGGUUGGCAAGCGCUUCAACGGUACCGAAUUCAGAUCUCACAAGCACGCCCACUAGACGCACCACUCAACAAAGCGCAGAGCCCGCAUCGGAACCCCAGCCACGGGGCAGACCUAAUCACAGGAGAAAACAAGAUCGUCCGACAAACUGGAAGACCAUCAAGGAAAUCAUCAAUCUACAGGCGACCGUGAACACUCUCAUACCGAGGCUCACUUUCGGCCGAGUUAUACGGGAAAUCCUUACCGAAUACAGCAGCAGCGAUAUGCGGGUGACGGCCGAAAUGUUGACCUGUCUACAGGAGGCCGCGGAAGUGUACAUCGUGCAGAUGUUCGAAGACGCCUAUCGUUGCACGCUACACCGAGGGCGAGUAACAUUGAUUCCCAAGGACAUGGAGCUAGCGUUACUGAUCCGACGAGAUGCCAACUAAAUAAGGAUAUAUUUUUUUAGCAAAGUUAACGACCUUUCGAGUGAUGUGGUGUUUAAUGUUACAAUGCGCGAGCCAUCCGCAGUACGAAAAUACAUUAGAUUGCUUGUUUUUUAUUGUUUGAUAA